AUGUCUACACAGGGUAGACGAACCUCACGCUCAAUGAUUGGACCAGGCCCACUUUUGCAUUGCAUCCUUUGUUUAUACGAACGCAAGAGGCGCCGUUCAUAUUUGAGACAUAUUGACACUCCGGAACCAUCUUUCUUUCUUUCUUUCUUUCUUUCUUUCUUUCUUUCUUUCUUUCUUUCUUUCUUUUAUACUUGUCUCACUUUUAUGCUUCUUUCUUUCUUUUUUCUUUUUCUUUUUUUUUCUUCUAUAUUCGUCGUUCUUUCUCUCUCUCUCUCUCUCACUCUCUCUUUCUUUCUUUUACUUUGUUUUUCUCCCUCUAAUUCUCGUCUACAUUUUUCUAUCGUUUUUCUUCUGUACUUGUCUUUUUUAUAUGCUUCUUUCUUUCUUUCUUUCUUUCUUUCUUUUACUUUAUUUUUCUCCCUCUCAUUCACUACUACAUUUUUAGCUCACUCAUUCAUUUUCUUUUAUUCUCUCUUUUCUUUCGCUGUUCUUUUUUAUAGGAGGAGUUUUCUUUCAUUUUCCUUUCUUUAUUAUUUCUCUCUUUUUCUCACUUACUUUCCUUCAAUCUUUCUUUCUAUUUGUUUGUUCCUCUCUCUAUUUUGUAUGUCUCUUUCUUUCUUUGGCUUUCUUUCUUUUUUUUUCUUUCUUUGUCAAUCAAUAUUAUUUCGUUACUUUUUAAAAAAUCUUUUAUCUACAUCUAUUUUACCUUAUCUUUCUUUCUUAUUUCUUUCUCUGUCGUCUUUCCUCGCUAUUAUUUACUUAUUUCAUUUUGAACUUCUUUCGUAUUUUCAAGAAAGAAAACCAAAUUCCCAUGUCCAAUUAAUUCACUUUAACAUUUCUUUAAAACUUCUUUUUGGCGAUCAUCAUCACACAAUGACGAAUGGAAAACGGACAACAUUUUCAGCAGCCCUAUCAACUCGGGACUUGCAUCACUAG